AUGGAUGCAUCAGUGGACUCAUUCAAGAGUGCCGAGGAUUAUAAAGGUUUUGAAGAGCGCAGAAAUGAAAUUGAAUACUCAGUGGACAUUUUCGAGAACAUCAAGAACAAUGAAUUCGAAGAGCAAGAAUAUCGAAGAAAAACAGCCAUGCGCCUGACUAUAAUUGCUAUAUCCUCCAUUGUCUUGAUUCUGCUCAUCAUAGGUGCAAUAUAUGGAAUUCUUGUUCCAAUGCACACUGCAGAUAAUCCCCAUCCUCCUGUCAAAGAACAAAAUUCUAUCAAAAUGGUAUAUAGUACAAAGUUGUUUCAUGAACCAUGCUUUUCCAGGAUGUCUUCCCUCAAUAUUUCUUCAAGAAAAUCCUGGGAGCUGAAAGAAGUUGUCGUAUUAUCUUUAGAAGUUGCUUUGAAUGAGCUUGUGAAUCUAUCAUCAUUGCAAGAAAGGCUGACUUCUUCUGAAAACUAUAAUCAUAAUAACUGUUCAAUGCCAAAUGCAUCACUUCCAUGUGAAUUCCUCAUUGGGGAUGCAAUUGAGCAUGUUAACAUGUCGAUUUUGUCCCUUCAGACAGGCGACAGGAACGAAUUUUCGAAAACCAUGGUCAUCAAUGUUAGGACAUGGCUCAACGCUGCAUUCACUGAUCAAGAAAUGUGUUUGGAGAGGCUAAUGAAGAUUGAAAAGUGUUCGGGAAAUGUCCUGGAAGAAAUGGAAAGUGUGAUUCGCGAUUCCACAAAAGUUAUCAACAAUUUCUCAGAGAUCAUUUAUAACAUAAUCACAACGGUUCACUGCUUCAAAAUUCCAGUACACAGGAAACUGCUUCAUACUGAACAAGGAGGCGAUACAGGUUUUUCUGGGACAGUUUCUGAAGGUGAAUUAGAGGCCUGA